AUGACAAGCACUAUUCCAGCAUACACUUCAACAAUACUCGUUAAAAACAGUCCCACUGGGAUGAUGAAUGCUGGAGUUGGUGCACCAGACUCCACUUUUGAGAUAGUCAGACAACCUUUAGGAGAAUUAGCCCGUGGAGAAGUCUUGGUGAAGAACUUAUACAUCUCCAAUGAUCCUGUACAAAGGGUAUGGAUAGAAAAAGACAUCCCUGAAGGUGCUGUAUAUAUCACUCCAAUCAAAGCUGGCGAGCCCAUGCAAUGUUAUUCAGUUGUAAAAGUAUUAAAAUCGAACGAUCCUCGUUAUAAGACAGGAGAUUUAGUACCUACAAUGAGUAAAUGGGGUGAUAAUGUUGUUCUUUCAUCGAUGAUGGGUUCAAAAAUCAUAAAAUCUCUUGGCUUUUCGUUUACCGAUUACCUCGAUGCUGUUGGAGGUACUGGUCUAGCAGCAUACUUUGGAUUGUUCGAGGUCGCUAAAUUAAAAAAAUCUGAUGUUCUUGUAGUUUCUGGAGCUUCAGGGGCUACUGGGUCUAUGGCUAUUCAAAUUGCAAAGAAGAUCAUAGGCGCUAAAAAAGUUAUCGGUAUUGCUGGUGGCCAGGCUAAAUGUCAGUUUGUAAGAUCUUUAGGUGCUGAUGAAUGUGUGGAUUAUAAAGAUGGUGAUUUUUCCAAUAACAUGCAAAAAGCGUUAGGAGAUGAUGAAUGUGACGUCUUCUUCGAUGGGGUCGGAGGAAAGAUUUUAGAUGAUAUGAUGCUUUUGAUCAAAAGACAUGGGACCAUCAUUGCUUGUGGAUCAGUAUCAGCUUAUAAUACUACAGACUCUGCUAUUUAUAAUUGGGGUUGUAUAACCAUGAGAAGAUUACAUGUUCAUGGAUUUGUUCUUCUGGAUCACUAUAACGAUUUCUUCAAAGCUACCUUGUGGAUGUGGUGGUACAUUAGAAGAGGAUACAUUAGAGUAGAUGAAUCACAAACCGAGUUAGUAGAUUUAACUGAAACUCCCGAUGCAGUGGCCCAAAUCCCCGUGGUAUUCAAUAGGUUAUUCAACGGUCAGAAAAAGAACGGUAAACUAGUUACCAAGUUAUCCGACCCCGUUUAA